CUCCAUUAAGAUUUAGGAUAAUUACCCCUAAAUCCCUUCAUCUUCAUCACUUCACCGCUCUCGGUUUCCCUCUUUUCUACUUUUUUGCUCCAUUCAAGCUCCCUUUAUCCUUAUCUACUCCUUCUCUUUGAAGUAGAUUUAUCUUGCUUUGCUUUCCCUUCAACCUGGCUUACUCUUUCAUCAUUGUUCCUUUUUUAGGCAAUAGAUUUCUUCCAUUUUUGCUCCAUUUAAGCUUCCUCUCUCCAUGUUUCUUUGUUCUUUGCUCCUUUUGGAAACAGAUCAUCAAUAAGAGUUUCUAAAUCAAACAAAGGGAAGUUCACACCUAAAAUUAGAAGCAUGGGUAGCAAGUUCAACGCCGAUCUAGUGCCGAUCCGGUGAGACCCAAUGCAAAAGUUCAGAUUUUGUAAGCUCACGCGUUUAUCCGAUUUCAAACGAUUUUACGAGUUCAAUGCGAGUCCACCACACGAGUUCACGAAAUCCUGAUUUUAUGGACAAUCUAACUCAUUUUCCAUCCCUAAGAAUGUAAAAUCAUGCAAUUUUAGGAGAUAACUCACGAUUUUGACAACAAUGCUCGUGAACAAUGCCAUCUAUCUUCUGGGGUGUGUUUUGGAUGUGGCCAACAAGGUCACCACAUUUCUCAAUGCCCUCAAUCGAAUCCAAAAGAUGUUAAGGUAGCACCACAGCAAGUACAAGGUCAGACACCUACUAUUCAGAAUCAAAAUACCAGAGGGAGGACUAGACAACAAGCGCGUGUACAUGCCAUGACCCAUCAAGAGCUGUUGCUUCAACUGUCAUCACAGGUAGUAUGUUUACCUAGGAAAAAAAAAUCCUACUUAUUUUAUUAUUUUCUUGUUAACCUCGCUUGCAUGAUUAUCCUAUCUACAUAGGUACCCUGCUUGUUAACU